CGAGCACAGCCCCCACACCCCACCCCCACACAGAUUCCUACGGUGGCCUCUUUGUUUUGAAGACAAUUGUUAGAGCUCGCUGAUAUGAAGGUGGGCUUAUUUUGAGAAAUGUUCUAAAUUAUCUCGUCUUGUAAAAACAGAAAUAGGUCGCAACAUUGUUUUCAUUAGCCCAGUUCGGAGCAAAACAGUAGGGCGUUAAACCCCAUUUCAUUUCUUUUCACGUUGUUCUUUCAUAUGAAACAGGAAGAUGUUUAUGUUGCUGGAUGGUCGAGUCUAUUGUCUAAGAAUACGAAAGUGAAAGUAGAUCUUUUUUCAGAAGAGAACGUGUGGAGCAAGAAGAUUAAAAGAUGGCUGGUACAGAAGAGUUAGAAAAACGUUUCAGAGAGCAGUUUUGUAAAUGGAUGGGUCGAUCUGUUGAUUUUAAACUUGUAUAUAGCGCUUCAAGGGAUGGGAUGUCUCCGGAGAUAUUUCACCAGAAAUGCGACAACAAGGGGCCGACCGUUGUCAUUGGGUACAAUACAGAUGGUUGUGUAUUUGGUGGAUAUACGUCAGUGGAAUGGAAAGCAUGCACCUGUGGUACUGCCCAAACCAGGCGGGACGAAAAAGCUUUUCUUUUUAGUUUGAAAUUCAUGAAUACAUACUCUCCAAGAAUCUUCCCAGUAAAAAAUCCAGAGCUGGCCAUAACAACGUGUUCAACACAUUCCCCUGUAUUUGGAGUUGCUGCCACCCCAGAUAUGGUUAUUAUACCCAAUAAAGAGGUAAAUAAAGAUAUCAACAGAAAUUUCGAUACUGGUCUGACCCGAGAGGAUAUUAAAUUCGGUACAGUAUACGAUAAUGGGUAUUUUACCAUGCAACAAGUUACCAGUAACAACUAUAUAUUCAAGAACGUGGAAAUCUACCAAAUUAUGGAUCCAGUACGUCUAGACAAACCUUGGCGAGAUGAUAACAAAUAUAACACGGCUACACUAAGGAAAAUGGUGGAGGAUUAUUGUCCGGUAGGGGACGCAGGGGUGACACAAUCGCGAAUCCUAUUGAUCGGAUCAGUUGGAGCUGGGAAAUCGAGCUAUUUUAAUACCAUUAAUUCCAUAUUUAGAGGUCACGUGACUUGUCAAGCUAGUACCGGAAGUGCUGAAUUCAGUUUGACUACAAAGUAUCGCUGCCAUCAAUUUCGUAACGACUCCACGUAUUUGAAGUUUCUACUGUGUGACACUCGAGGAAUGGAAAACGGUCGAGGGAUAGAUGAAUAUUAUUUGACCGGCUUGUUGGAUGGUCACGUUCCUGAUGGUUAUAUGUCUGAUAAGUUUUCACCUAUCGACAUAUUAUUAUCCUAUAUUAAAACGCCAACAGUAAACAGUAAAAUUCACUGCGUAGCUUUUGUUAUUGACAGUGGUUCGGUUGAUGUUAUGAAUAAAUCAAUUCUCUCUAAAUUUAAACUGGUACAGAAUCUAGCCAAUCAAAGAGGUAUUCCCCAAGUUAUUCUUUUGACUAAAGUUGAUCAGAUCGAAUUAGAUGUAGAUAAAGAUCUAACCCAAUUACUUCACUCGUCUCGAGUCGCUUAUGUCGUGGAUCAAGUUGCCCAGUUGAUUGGUUUACCUAGAGGUCAUGUUUUACCUGUUAAAAAUUACGAGAAAGAAACAGAAUUAAAUGAAACAGUUGAUAGAUUUGCCUUGUUGUCAUUACAAAAGAUGUUACGAUUUGCUAAUGAUUAUAUGUAUGAAUUACUCGAUACACGUCAACCGCCACGAACGUUGUCCAGUUAUUCAUGGGUAAUAGCAAUAGCUUUACUGUUGUUUUCAAUUUUUUGUUCACUAUGGAUAUCCCAACGCCGAUGAAUUUACUGAUAUAUUCAAUUCAUUAUUUGCUAUUGAUAACCAACGCCUAUAACUUUACUGAUAUUUUCAGUUAAUUCUGUUUACCUAUAUUGUCAAUAUAUUAUUUACUAAUAUAAAUGAUAACUAAUGCCUAUAACUUUACUGAUAUUAUAAAUUUCUUAGAUACUAUAGAUAAUAUUAAUGGGUAAUGACUUUAUUGCUAUUUUCAAUUUAUUCUGCAUUGUAACUUAUAUUUCAAUUUAUUCUGCAUUGUAAUAUACUGAUGCUAUAUUGAUAUAUCUUUACUGGUUUUGUUUUUCAAUUGAUUAUUUACUGUGGGUACGUGGCGCUAACAAAAUAAAUGUUUUAUACCUUC